CCAAAAUGCAGUCCAUUAGGAUUGCAUCGUUUGUGCCAGUGAUGCUGCUUCUGUUGCUAGCAACACUGGCCGACGGAUUGCCGUAUCCGCGACCCAUGCCACAAAAUCUACGAAGAUUGCCGCGUAGGAACGAUUUUGUUGCCUACAACUUGCACCGCAUCAUACGACCGCGCGAUGUGAACGAUCUGGGUGUUGAUCAGGCACGCAAGGCCAUGCACGAUGUGCACGAAACGAUCGCAGAAGUGCAGCGGCUUCUGUCCCUCGAUCCUUCUCUUCCCAGACUUACGAGGGGAGAAAUUGAAGAACUGUUCGAAAAUGUGACACGUGAAGAGUUUGCGAAAUCGCUACGCGCUGGCGAUCACCAUCGAGCCCAGCAUAUGCGUGCACUUAUGCUGGUGUUACCUUACCACGCCAACAAUAUGUCGCCGGAAAAUAUGCAAAAGAUAUACACCCGUCCACCGGUAACACGCAUUGUUGGUGCCGCUUCCAACACAAGGCCGGUCGGUGUCGAAACGCUACCGAUGACACCGGCUCGGUUUGUAGCCAGCAGUACUACUACCACCACCACAACUACUACCGCAGCACCGACGACAUCUGGUGCGCGUACAACGGCCGCUCCCAUCCCGGUGACGACAAUUCGCUUUACAACACCACGUCCAACUACUUUCCAUCCAACGCUACCGGAGCGGAUGCGUGAUGCUUCCUACCAUCGGAAGGAAAAUAUGAACGAAAUUCUUGCUGCGAUUGGUUUAUCCCAAAGCUCAGAGGAACUUUCCACACCUCCAACGUUCCGUCCACUGCCAGCAGAUAUGACAACAAUAGCACCGUUCUCUUCAACUUCUGUUUCGUCGGUAACAGAGGAUCCUAUCAACAACGCAAUCAACGUGGAUGAUCCGAAGGUAGCUCAAGAGUUGAAGGAGCUAUUGCGUUCGUUCGGUUUGCUGAAGGAAGCGGAUAGUGAGGCAAGUGCGAAUAGUCCACUGCCGCAAGCUGAACGACUUGUCGACAUUCAGCCAGCAGCAUUGGUACUGCACGAACCAUUAAAGGUAGAGGAAUCAACCCCUACGAUUGAGGAACCGAAAAAACCGGAAGUCCAAACGACCGGUGGAUUGACACAGGCUAGUGUAAAGGCGGAUGAUUAUGUUGCCUUUAAACCAUUGCCUAUCGGAACAUCCAUGGACGAGGGAGAUGCAAAACCAAUAGACGAAGAGUUGGACGCUUUGCUAAAGUCAUUCGGACUGCUGGGGCCGGGACCUCGCAAUAAGAAAUCCAUGCAUCCGGAACCAACCCACAAACCACCGACUCAGAUGGUUAUGAUGAAAACAGUUCCAUCCAUCGAUGCUGAUCUAGUAGCACCACAGCUAAUGUCCGUGCUGGGAACGCUAGGCAUACAGAUGAAAAAUGGCCAACAGGAGGCAUCUCCAUCUACAGGAGUAACACCGCUAAUCAGGCGGCGAGAGAAAACACCUCGUAAACUUGAUCCACCAGUAGAUCAAACUCCUUCAGCGGCUCACUUACGCGUUAGCAAUGAAGACUACCGUAAGCUGGAACAAUUGUGGCAAACGGUAAAGCAGCUCGAAAAGCUAAACGCAUCCCUGACGGACGAUUCGCUCGAUGUGCUCAAUCCGAAACACUACAAUUUAAGUCCAUCCCUCCUAGCACAGGGUCCCGAUCCUCUUCUCGAUAAUGUCGAUGCCCGUGAAAAGUUAAACGAGAUCAAGAAGCGUCAGGAACCGGCCACAAGUACUACUACUGCUACUACUAUUACUACUACGACGUCUACCGCCUCGUCGGUUCAGAAUGACGACAGUGCUGCGGUGACGGAAAGUGAUAGUCCGUUCCGUUUUAGCCUGCAGCUUAACACUGGCGGAGGUGGUACUACGAGCGAUGAUUCUGAGUUGGAUGAAUCCUUAGCUAAGCUUACCACCACCGAAACUUCAUCCGAUACGACAACGAUUUCUCCCACCACGAACACCACCCCUUCAACUACCACCACAACGACGGAAAGUGCACGAAAUGCCGCACUGGAAGAUUCGUUUCCCUCGUCCGAUUUGGCUGGUGAUCCGGUGAACGAGGAACCGCUGCCACCUCCACGCCGUAACGGUUUCUACUUUUUGUACGAUUGGAACACGUUCUUAGAAGUGGGCGAAGAACCGAACAAGGUAAUCAUUCGGUACAACCCGCAGGCAGGUGACCCAAGCCGAUUCCUACCGGUUACUGUACCGUAG